ACCUCCCAAGCCAGCCAUGCCCUCCAGGUGCACAGAGCCCAGGCUCACUCCGUGGGCAUCUACGACAACACCAUGGGGCCCUGGAUGUAUGAGAACCUCACUCCCUCGGCGCACUCCGUCCACGUCAGAGCAGCUGGAGACGACCUGAGCGUCUCUUCAGAGGACUCCAGAGACUACGUCAAUGUCUCCACAGCAGCAGAGAUUGCUGAGCUGCUGGCCUCUCCCAGCCACCCCACUGGGAACCUCUUUGCCCGCCCAAGUGCUCGGGAGCUGGAAUCCACCGAGGAAAGAGACAAGGGCUGGGACCAUGCCAGUGACUACGCCCGAUUUUUGCCUCCAGGAACUGAGGGCAACGAUCCACUCAGCGAUGAGGAAGGCUCUUCUCAGACCUCAAACGACUACGUCAACACGGCAGAGUUGGACCUGGGGGCCACCCAGGGGGAGCAGCCCUGGAUGUCCUUUCAGUGCUGCCCAGAUUAUGAAAAUGUCCCACCAGCAGGUCCCAAUGGAAGCCAGCAGCUGGCGGAAGGAGUGACAGCCUCACACACAAGCCGUGUGGAGGGCAGGACAGAGGGUACAGAGACUCAUGGCCCCCUGGUCAUGCCAUCAGGGAGGUUCCUGGUUUCAGGGGAUUAUGGGGCCUAUCAGCCAUCCGCACAGCGUGAGAGCCGUCAGAUGAAACGUGGAGGAGAGGUGUCAAACCAGGGCUCCGGGGAUGAUGACACUGUGCUGGCUGCCACGGUA